CACACACACACACACACACACUAACUUGUGACUUGAAGCCUUGUAGUGCCUGGCAGCAAAAACAGAGUCUCCAGUUAGCGGCAUUAUGAGUAACUGUAACCCACAAGUGCUUGUUCAGAGAUCUCAGGAAGCCAAAAAACUGGCGUACUGUCCUUACAGCAGGUUCAGGGUGGGAGCAGCUGUUUUAACAAGCGAUGGAACUGUAUUCACAGGCUGUAAUGUAGAGAAUGCAUGUUACACCGCUGGAUUGUGUGCUGAAAGGACUGCCAUCUCAAAAGCUGUAUCUGAGGGACACACCACCUUCAAAGCCAUCGCGAUCGCCAGUGACCUUGAAGAUCGCUUUAUUUCUCCAUGUGGAGCCUGCAGGCAAUUCAUGAGAGAGUUCGGCUCACAGUGGGACGUUUAUCUGUCAAAAUCUGAUGGAUCGUACAAACAUAUGACCGUGGAGGAGCUCCUGCCAUGUUCAUUUGGCCCUGAUGACUUAAGAGCAAGAGAAAACCAUUAAAACAUGUAGAAAGGAAAAUAAUGAAUGUGUAAUCUAAUAAAUAAUUACAUCUUCUGAAAUGUAGUGAGGUUAACAAUUGACUUAAAGCUGCUCUAUGUAAGUUUUUGACUCUUCCAAAGCAUAAAAUUACCAUAAUUUGUUUGCAGAUAUUUAAGAAACAUGCUAAGAGAACAUUCUUAUUUUUCUGAAAAACAAUGCUGAAGUCAGGUAUUCUGCUUUUAAAAUGUCUGUUACGUGCCAGAACGGCUGUCUUUGUUUUGGUUCUUUUAACCCGCCCACUACCAGUUUAGCCAAUUAUAUUUCAUCACCCUGGGUUGCUUUGUUGGAAAACAGUAUUUUAUUCAUUCAGUCAGGAAGGCUCUCAAAGUGUGCAUCCGUGACCGAAAUGCGACCUCCGGUGGACAGUAGCAGUUUCCGAAAUGAGACAGAUUCAGUUCAGAAUAUAGAUUCAGUAUAUAGAAUAUUAACAAUCUCGACUUUUUAUUGUGAAUUAAGUUUCUUUCGUCUUUUAAUUUGAAGGCUGUCUCUGCAAAUGACACAGUGGCACUGAUGACUUAAGACCAAAGGAAAAAGAAGAUGUAGCUUAUGGCUUCAUCUUGUUCUUUAUUUUUAUUUCCUAAUUAAAUGUGUGGAAAGCGAGAUUUUAAAUGUUUGAUAUUUUUGCAUUAAAUGUUACUAUUUAAAAAGGGAAAUGGUUAAUUAAAAACAAUAAUUUUAUUCUAUUUAUUAACUGUUGUAAGGUUAGUUAGACUUAAUGUGUCAUUUUA